CACAAGCAACAUGGUCAUUAGGGGCAGGUGUUUUCCGGGUGUGAACGGAAUCUUUCAUAUUGUUUCUUCCGGUUCUCCACUGUUUUAUCUCUUUUCAUUUUCAUAGUUAUAUAAAUACAUGUGAAGAAGGCUAUUGUUUAAGAAACUAGAAAGAUAAGAUAGCAACAAUAGCUAUAGUAUAAUUAGUUACUACAUGAUAGGUAUUAGGUAGGUAGUAGGGUAUACAAGAUAUAGAGAAUAUUAUUCUUGUUCUUCCAUGAAUUCAACAACCAAUACUACUUCUAUAGAUAGUAACAACAACAGCAACAACAAUAAGAAUAAGAGUAUGAGAAAAGAGAAGAAAGAGAUGAAACCAUAUAGAGGAAUUAGGAUGAGAAAGUGGGGAAAAUGGGUGGCAGAGAUUAGAGAACCAAACAAGAGAUCAAGAAUUUGGUUAGGUUCUUAUAUAACUCCUAUUGCCGCUGCUCGUGCUUAUGAUACUGCUGUGUUUUAUCUUCGAGGUCCGACCGCGAACCUUAAUUUUCCAGAAUUGUUGUUUAAGGAUCGAGAAAAUGAAGAAGAAGAAAGAUACGAGAAGAAUAUGUCGGCGGAUUUGAUAAGGAAGAAAGCUACACAAGUUGGUGCUAGAGUUGAUGCUUUUGAAACUUCUUUGAAUAAUCAUGUUCAUGUUCAUGUUCACUCCAAUACAAGUUGUAGUCUUAAACCUGACUUGAAUGAGUUUCCAAAACCUGAAGAUUAUUAAUUCAGAUCAAUAUGAUUGAUGCGUCUGUUGCAGACGCAUCAAUCAUAUAUAUGAUAUCAGAAUAUCAUAAUCACGAUUGUAAGUGUAUAAUCACGAUUGUAAGUGUAUGUUAUGUUACAAUUUUAAUAUAUUAUGUUAAUUAAGAUGUAAUAUCAAUAUGUUAGUUAUUAUAUUAUGUAUAUAUUUAGUUAUAUAUACACGAUGCUUGGGAGGUUUUGGAACUGACCUAUUUCGGUUAAUCAUGUUUGAUUAGAAAAAGAUGAUAGUGUCAUCAAAUAAUUGUAUUGUUAUGCAAAAAAUCUAUUCAUCUUUUAUCCAAUGGAGAAAUGGAAUAUUCGUUUAGCUUGAAA